AUGCCACCGCCAUUACUUCAAAACCCCAUUCACACUGUCCUAAAACCCCUCCUCCUCCUCUUCCUCCUGCCCACCACCACGUCCCACACCUCUUCCACCGCCGCCCCGCCACCUCAAUCUAGUUCCCUAUCCCAGUGGCAAUCCGCACGCGCCACUUACUACGCAGCAUCCGAUCCCCGGGACACAGUGGGAGGCGCGUGUGGAUAUGGGAACUUAGUUAAAGCAGGAUAUGGAAUGGCAACUGUAGCGUUGAGUGAAUCAAUGUUUGCACGUGGACAGAUCUGUGGCGCAUGUUUUGAACUCAAGUGUGUUGAUGAUCUGAGAUGGUGUAUUCCUGGGACUUCUAUUAUUGUUUCUGUUACUAAUUUUUGUGCUCCAAAUUAUGGGUUCACUUCCGAGGGUGGUGGAAAAUGUAACCCUCCUAAUAAGCAUUUUGUGCUACCCAUCGAAGCUUUUGAAAAGAUUGCCAUUUGGAAGGCAGCUAAUAUGCCUGUUCAGUACAGAAGGAUCAAAUGCAGAAAGGAAGGAGGGAUUCGGUUUACCAUCUCAGGGUCCGGUAUCUUCCUUUCGGUGCUGAUCAGCAAUGUUGCAGGCGCUGGAGAUGUAACUGCAGUGAAGAUUAAAGGUUCAAGAACAGGUUGGCUUGAUAUGGGUAGGAAUUGGGGCCAGAACUGGCAUGUUAAUGCUCAUUUACAGAAUCAAGCUCUCUCAUUUGAGGUCACUAGUAGUGAUAGGAUGACUGUUAUUACUUACAAUGUUGCUCCCAAAGAUUGGAGAUUCGGACAGACAUUCGAAGGCAAGCAAUUCAAGAUUUAA